AUGUCCUUGGUGCAGGCCUGGCGCCAGGCUCUGCAGAGCUUAGCGUCAGGAUCUGAUCACCCGUCUACUCGGGGAACCUCAGCUUCACAGCUGCCUUCAGUAGAUGCCUACACCACCCUCACGCAAUUCUUGGAACCCUCUAAGCCCGCAACGUGUCGCUUCUACGAUGCAGCAUCAGGAUACUGCCUUCUAGACGCGAGCGCUCACGAAGCCCUUCAGACCCUGCUCGGCGGCAAUGCCUCAGUCUCAUCUAGCUCGAAGCAAGACCUCUCUGGACCCAGCCCCAUUCUCUUGACCCUUUCCAAUCACUACACCGACCGAUGCAUCCAGAACUUCGACAUUGUAGCUGUGGAGCUCAGAGCAUCGCGCUUGCACGGAGAUCUCAUUUCAAGUCUUCCCAACAUUGCGACCUGGUUUCAGGCCUGGCUCUCUCCCUACAUGACCAACUCGAUCUUCCAGGGUUUGAACAAAGAACGAGACGACCUCCUGCAAACGCUACGGACGAGGCUGCGCUUGUACUUUGAUAGUAGGGCAGCUGAAUCUCUCAGACAGCACCUCGAGCAGCUCGUUGUAGAAGACACCGGCAACGACCUUCGUGCAUCGUUUGUCGCCCACCUCAAUCUAGCUGGUCUAGCAGGACCUGCAUUGACGCUGCUCACCCGAGUUAUGCAUGCAGAGAUCUCGCGCAAGGUUCGAGCUGUAGUGGGUGCUGUCGAGCUGCGACCGCAAGACAAUGUGCUACCGCUCGAAUCUGCUGCUCGCCCAGUGCUUCAGCAGUGGCUAGAUGAUGAGGUGAAGCCACGCUUUGCAGCCAUCCGCGAUUUGUGUUUGCAGCAAGACUCGAAGAGCACCGCAGGCGCAAUGGAAGAGGACGACUCCGCAGGAGAAGCGUUUAGCUGGCAACAUCGCUUCGACUACGAGCUAGAUAAAGCACUCUGUCUGACCCGAGCAAAUCAGCUCUUCGACCUUGUGGCGAUGUAUCCUGACUCUUCUGCCGCGCUUGAUGACCUCCGACUCAGUCUGCAAACAGCGGAUCAGAGGUUGAAUGUCGCAAAGACGCUGUCGAGCUCAUUGCAGAUGCGCUUAUUGCAUCCUGGUGCGCAUACGCGUGACAUCAUUCAGAUGUAUGUCCAUCUUGUCCGGGCUUUGCGCGAGAUGGAUCCGACCGGUGUGGUGCUCUCGCGUGUUGUCUCUCCGCUGCGAAAAUACUUGCGUGGGAGAAAAGAUACUGUGCUAGUCAUUGUAGCAUCAAUGCUCGGGGAUGACCCUGAUUUCACCUUGCUCAAAGACGAGCUCGAGCGAGCAGAUCAAGAAGAGCAGGAGCAAGAAGAGCUGGACACCCACAGGCGAAGACGUCGACCUCGUCGCUCCCUCCAAACGUCGACCCCCGCUCCUUCCAGCGGCAAGAGCAGCAAGCGCGCCGCAAAGCGACGUGUUCCUCACAACCGCCGCGGCGCGUCUGCUGCGGAUGGAUCAGAUAGCGGAGCAUCCUCCGAAGAAGACUGGGACGAUCCCAACUGGGUCCCCAAACCGGUCGAAGCGGGAAGUGGGUACCGAAUGUCUACGUCCAAAGACAUCAUCUCCAUGCUCACGAGUAUCUUUGACGACCGCAGUGGCUUCAUUGCAGCGUUGGAGAAAAGUAUGGCAGACCAGCUAGUUCAAGUGAAAGGCUACAAGGCGAUGAAAGAGUAUCGAAACAACAUGAUCCUCAAGAAGAGGUUUGGCGAGAAGAACAUGGGCAAAUGCGAUGUCAUGCUUGGAGACGUCACCGAGUCCAGGCGAAUCGAUAGCGAAAUCCAUCAACGGAGAAGAACAAAGCCCAUACCGGCGUCCGGAGUGGAAGGAAUGGUAUCGAGACUUCAUCCGUUGAUUGUGUCGCGUCAGUUUUGGCCAGAGCACACUACUAAGCCUGGAAGUAAUCCUGCUGGUGCUGCGGGAAAUGGAGUAGUUGCGAGUGCGGCAUCUGCAGGCGGAGCAAACGGAAGUAUCGGAGAGUUCACAUUACCGCCGCUGUUUCGACGUGCACAGGAGGAGUACGGCAAAACUUUCUCACAGUCUAAAGCUAUGCGCAAGUUGCACUGGCUCAACCAUCUCGGUACGGUGGAGCUGGAUGUGGAGCUAGAUUCUGGCGAGUCCCUUUCGCUCGAGUGCACGCUCAUUCAAGCAUCGACGCUAGAAGUCAUCUCACGUCGGUCGAAUGGUCCUUCUUCAGCGACGGGGGCAAACGUAGUGACGCUGACAGAUGUCAUGGAGGAAUUCAACUUGCAGAGGGAGAAAGAUGGCAGGGAUGCAUUGGAAUUCUGGGUUCUGGUCGGCUUGCUGAAACCAGUGGCUGGGUUGGCAGAUGCGUUCUUGGUGCAGAGCAGCUUACCGUCAUAUGGCCGUGCAGCAGGAUGA